UCUAUAUCUUCUCUCGCGCAGCUGGAGGCGCGUGCGGCUCUGCUGUAGCGCGCGGAGAGUUUCUGGACUUUUCACUCACAGAGUGUGCAGAGCUGUGUGUGUGUGUGUGUGUGUGUGUCUGUGUGUGUCUGUGUGUGUGCUGGGGAGCUUUACCAUGAGCUGUUUGGAUGUCGCGCGCCCGCUUUACAGCCACCAGGCAGCAUUCAGCAGCGCAGCGCAGACUCUCUCUGCUAUGAGCAGCCCGUCUUUGCCGUCUAUCCGCCGGGACUCCAUGGACAGCUCUGGGUCAGAGUUGCCCUCCGGUGGGCAGAAGGAGAAACAGGAAGUGGCAGAGGCGGAGUAUCUGAGCUCUCGCUGCGUUCUCUUCACCUACUUCCAGGGAGACAUCAGCAGCGUGGUGGACGAACACUUCUCCAGAGCACUGAGCUCCUGCAGUGAUACACAGGGCAAGAGGAGGGGCCAGUCGGGGGCAGAAGCUGCAUCUCCAGACAGUCGAAGGAGUUUCCCUCCAUCAUUCUGGGACAGUAAUUACCCACCUCUGCCUAGCCGACUACACUGUGACCCCACUGGUGCCCCUGCUUACUCCAUGGACCCCUAUGCCCAGGGUCUACACCCAGGGUUACCUCAUGCACAUCCUCAUCCGCACCGCUCAGACUCCUGGGGCUACACCCAGACUCAGGCGUACGGACCCCCACGACCCCUUCAUGAACUCUAUUCCCCUCCAGGACUGGAACCCCACUACAGCCCCCUGCUUAUGCCUGCUGUCCGGCCGCCCCACCUGCCCACCCUGCCAGGGCAUUAUGAUGUAGGGAAGCUGGAACCAACGCCCACAUGGCCACUACUGCCACCACCAGGGGACAUGGCCAUCGCCCUCAACAUGGACCCGGGCUUACCGCCUCAUAAGAAAGGAAAGGAGCUGUACUGGUUUUAAUGACAAGCCCGGCCGUCCACUCGCCAAUUAAAGCUGCAGAGCGCUGGAGAGCGGCCCAUUGUAACGAAGGCCUUGCCAGGGUCUGCGAGUGUGCACCAUGGAGAUAAAGACAGAAGGAUGAAGAGGGGAAAGGGAAAAAAAGAGGAAAAGAGCGAAGAGGGGUCCAGCUCUGUCCUCCUCCUCUUUAAUCCUGCUCUUUGUGGUGCAACAAAACCCGUCCAGCUCCUAGAACAGUUGGCUGUAGGGACCGAUGGAGAAAUAGAGACAUUUUUACCCCGGAGCGGAACGGAAAUAAACAAUAAACCAACAACAAAGAAGUAAACAAACAUACAUACAAUUAUGGAGAAGAUGACCGACUGGAACAGCCUUUCGUGUUCAUUGUGUUGUAUGAAUGGAUGAAAAAAGUAUUUCCUCUGUUGUUUGCUUUUGUUUCUCAUUUUUAACUACGAGGUUUUGAUUUAUAUUUAAAUGAAUGAUUUGAAAUUGAAGUCUUGAAGGUGUUUUUUGAGAAUAUAUUCCUUUUUUUGGUCGUUUUUAUGAUGGAUUGUUGCUGUAGGCUCACAGAUCAACACUGAACACAACAAAGCUUUGGAUUUACUUGAUUAAAAUGUGUACAUUUCCACACAAACUUGCAAACUUUUGGCAGAUACUGUGCUGGUAUAUAUUUAUUAUUCAUGUCAAAAGUAUGCACAUAAAUCAAGUAAACUCAGAGACCUUUCCUUCAAUUAAUCAUUUUGUGGGAACUUAAAAGCCUUUCACACUGGACAAACAUUGAUAACAUAGUAUUUUUCAUGCCUAUGUGUAUUGUGCACAAAUACAUUGUUGUUGUUGAACAUUUUCCGGAUGUUGAUGGUUAUUUGUA